AUGCCUACCGCCGGCCUUAAAACUAUCAUCGCCCUCUCCUUUGUCCUCGCCGUAGGAUUCCUCCUCGUCAUCCUCUCCUGCGCCCUGUACAAGGUGUACUACCCGCUCCUCGUCGUCGCCACCUACGUCCUCGCGCCGCUGCCGAACUGGAUCUGCGGCCGAUGCGCGAAUCCGGAUGACUUUGUCGAGAGCGGCGGUGCGGCGGUUCUCGACCUGGGAAGAUUCUUCACCGGCUUCUUUGUUGUCAUGGGCAUUGCCCUCCCUGUUGUCCUCGCACACUCCGAUCUGAUCCGAGUCGAAGCCAUGAUCAUGUCCAUUACCGGCGGCCUUCUGAUCUACGGGACCAUCAUCAGCUUCGGCAUGUUCUUCCAGGAGGAGCAGGAGUUUUGA